AAACAUAGUCUUUUCUAGCCAGACCUAGAAGCAUAUUUAAAUUCAAAAGUUUGAGAGCGGUGAGAGAAAUGUGAGAAAGUGUGUGCUAGUACUGGUGCAGAGUUGCGAUAACUGGAGGUGGUGGUGGUGGUGGGUUCAAGCCGAUACACGGCGGCAUUUUGGACGAUACGAAACAGAGAGGGUACUUUGCACCUGUCUCAACACCGGAACCCAUUAGAUGGACAUGGAGACCGUUCCGUCCUCAGCCUCCGUCGAUCUCCACACUAUCCGGCGUCGGAUAAGAGAGCUGGCAGAGCUUCAUGACGAUGAUGUUCCCGACCUAACAACAACUACGUCAGAUUCCGAUGAGAAACUACUCCGAGAUUUCACUUUCGACUUCGACAAUAAAGUGAAUCAGAUUGUGUUAGACUCCACUUCGCAUGUUGCUUCCUUAACCCUUCAAGAUUUUGAUGCAUACUUUGAACGUCUAAAAGAGGAGCUUAACAUGGUGGAUGCUGAAAGUACCAAGAUCUCCAAUGAAAUUGAGAUUCUUGCUAGAACCAACAUGGAAGAUUCUACCCAAUUGGAGACAUGUCUUGAAAGGUUGGAUUGUGAUUUAGAUUCUAUUACAUCACAGGGUCUGGAGAAAGUAAAAGGAGGUGCAAAUGCUAAUUGCCCUACAUAUGGAGAUGAUGAAUCAAGCUUGAUAAAUGAGCCUAUAGACCAUAAGUUGGAGCUAUUGGAACUUGAAGUUGAGAUUGAGAGGAACAAAACAGCUUUAAAGUCUUUGCAGGAUCUUGAUCAUAUGUACAGAUGGUUUGAUGCCAUAGAACAGAUUGAGGAUUUGUUGACAGGUCUAAAGGUCACUGCAUUCACCGAAAACUGCAUUAGGUUGUCAUUGCAGACACAUAUCCCAAAAUUAGAAGGCUCACGAAAGAUUGAAGGCAUUGAACCAUCUGUACUGAAUCAUGAGUUACUAAUAGAAGUUUUGGAGGGGACGAUGGAGCUAAAGAGUGUUGAGAUAUUUCCAAAUGAUGUAUACGUAAUUGACAUUCUUGAUGCUGCAAAGUCUCUCAGUAAGUCUUCAUUGCAGUGGUUUAUAACAAAAAUACAAGACAGAAUUACCCUCUGCACUUUGAGGCAUCUUGUGGUAAAGAGUGCAAAUAAAUCUAGAUUCUCACUCGAGUACCUGGAUAGAGAUGAGACUAUAAUAGCUCAUAUGGCUGGGGCAGUUGAUGCGUUUAUAAAGAUUUCUCAAGAUUGGCCAAUUUUAAGUUCUCCGUUGAAGCUGAUAUCUCUCAAGAGCUCAGAUCAUUCGAAGGAGAUCUCUUUAACUUUUCUAUGCAAAGCUGAGGAAGCGGCAAACUCAUUGGAUAUACACAUACGGCAGGAUAUAUCAAGCUUCGUCGAUGCUAUUGAAAAGAUACUUGUAGAACAAAUGCACUUGGAACUCCAUUUUGAUGAUUCUUCAAAAAAAUGAUUGCUAUUACUCUGAAAUCGGUUCAGUAAUGUCUAAUACUUUGUGAAUUUUUAUGUUGUGUAUAUAUUUAGAAUUUGGUUGAAA